AUGGCUCACGAGGAAGAACAGGCCUUGGAAAUCGAGGCGCUGCAAUCCAUUUUUGAAGAAGGAAAGGAGUUUACAAGCAUCUCCAACAAAGAGUUUACCAUCAAGCUAUUGCCAUUUCCAGGUGGUGAGGAGGAGAAUCAUGUCCAAGUGACGCUUCACGUGACGUACACCGAUGCGUAUCCAGAUGAAGCUCCAGCAUGGGCAUUGGAGGAUGUCGGAGGUUUGGGAGAUGAGAAGCUUGAGUUGCUACGUCAGAGAAUAGAGGAAAGCAUUGAAUCCUCACUUGGUAUGGCAAUGAUUUACUCAGUGGCGGAAGCAUGCCAGGACUUUUUGAAAGAAAACAACCAAAAGGAGCUGUCGAUGCAUGAGCAGAUGAUGCUAGGGCAAGCUGAAGAGGAAGGCGACGCUGAGGAGGAAGAUGAAGACGAUGAAGAGGAGGAGGAGCCCGAAUGGAAAGGGUUGCAAGAAAAGAACCUUUGCCCAGAGAGCGAGCGAAUCACGCCUGAUGCUUUCGCAGCAUGGAAGGCAAAGUUUGAUGCAGAGAUGAUCGAGAUGGGCGUGCUCAAGCGGGACGAAAACAGAUCAAGGACUGGGAAGAUGAUUUUCUCACAGAGUCCAGAGGCAGGCAAAGACAACGGCUACAAUGAGUCCAAGUCGGAGCUUCUGGUCUAUGACGCCGCUUUGUUUGGCGAGGAUGACGAUUUGGAGGAAUUGGAUGAUGAUUAG